AACUUCCAAAAAAGGAAAAUGGUGAAUACUUAUGCGGAUGAAGCUGUGCUGACGAAUGUAAAGCCUGACUAUGAUCGAACAAGCGAAUUAAAAGCUUUUGACGACACAAAAGCCGGCGUCAAGGGACUUGUGGAUGCUGGAAUUUCGGAGGUUCCCAGGAUUUUCCAUCACCCACAAGAUAAUUUCAAGGUCUCAAGGGAUACCCUCUUCAGUAUCCCCAUCAUCGACCUUGAAGGAGUAGGGAAAGACCCGGUUAAGCGCAGGGAUGUCGUGGGACAAGUCCGGGAAGCAUCAAAGAAGUGGGGAUUCUUUCAGGGGAUUAACCAUAGUGUUCCGGUUAGUGUUAUGGAGGAGAUGAAAGCUGGUGUUCGUCGGUUUUUUGAGCAGGAUCUUGAGGUCAAGAAACAAUACUUCAGUCGUGACCUUGCACCAUCUGUGGUGUACAAUAGCAACUUUGAUCUGUUUUCUUCCCCGGCAGCCAACUGGAGAGAUACACUUAUCUGUCUCAUGGCUCCUCAUCCUCCUAAGCUUGAAGAAUUACCAGCAGUUUGCAGGGAUAUAAUGGUUGAGUACUCCAAGCAUGUGAUGAGUUUAGGGAGUUUACUCUUCGAGUUGCUAUCAGAGGCUUUGGGGUUGAACCCCAACCACCUGAAAGAUAUUGAAUGUGCCAAGGGCUUAGCAAUGCUUGGCCAUUACUAUCCUACAUGUCCCCAACCUGAACUGACUCUGGGCACAAGCAAGCAUGCUGAUGAUGACUUCAUCACUGUCCUUCUGCAAGACCAUAUCGGUGGCCUCCAAAUUCUUCAUCAGAAUCAGUGGAUUGACGUGCCUCCGGUUCCAGGAGCUCUGGUUGUUAACAUAGGAGAACUGCUCCAGCUUAUAUCAAAUGAUAACUUUAUAAGUGCAGAGCAUAGAGUGCUGGCAAAUUGUGUAGGACCAAGAGUAUCAGUGGCAUGUUUCUUUAGCACCAAUCUUAUGCCAGAAACGAGGCUUUAUGGGCCAAUUAAGGAACUGUUAUCAGAAGACAACCCUCCAAAAUACAGAGAGACAACUGUGAGAGACUAUGUCACCUACUUCAAUCAAAAAGGCCUCGAUGGCUCCACUGCCCUGACGCAUUUCAAGCUGUGAAAUCAACUUGACAAUGGAGAUGAACUUGAUAGACUCUUUGUGGAUUAAUAAACAUUUGUUCUUUAAUAAAAAAGAAAUAAGUGUGUGUUUAUCAUAUUUGUAAGCUUUAGCAAUCCUAAGGUACAUGUACUCCUCGAUUAAUCAGUGUCGUUAACUAUCAUACAUUAUGUACGUAGUUUGUUCAUUAAUCCUAAGACUCUGUGAAAUACAUUAUUACAUUAUGU